GGCCGCGACCUCGCCGCCGUCUCCGACGGGCAGGCGCGCCGGCUGGAUGCGCGCCGUUUCGCGACGACCUUCGACCGCCUCGAGCACGCGAGGCUGGAGUGGGAGGCCUCCGAGGCUAUCUCUGCGGCCGCCGGCGCCCUGGCUUCGGCGCGCGCCGCGCGGAAGCUGAGGGGGAGGGCCGGGGUGCUCCAGGCGCGGGCUCAACCGCUUCAGCCCGAUCGGCAACUUCAUGGCCUUGGAAGGCCCAUCGAUUCCGAACCCGCUCGGCGGCUACAUGGCGGCGUCGCCGCCACCGAGGGCAGAUCGGGUGCAGUCGCUACUGCGUGGGCGUCGCACUCCGACGCGAAGCCAAAUGACAUCCACGGCGCCCGCCGCUACCUGCGCGACUGGGCUGUGGGCGAUUGGACCUCAAGGCAUCGACCUUCAGGCAGAUCUGGAGUGACCAACGUGAAUCGCAUGACGACCAACAGCACCUCCUGCGAGACCUACGUGAGCAAGCAUUGCAAACCACUGCCACACAGUGGACAGUGGACCAGUUCGACGCUGCGAUCACAGGCCUACCCGACCGAG